AUGGAAGCUCCCGAGAAGCCGAUCGCUACUGCUACAGUUGACGAACCAGUUAAACCUUCGUCACCGGCUCAGGACCAGCAAACCGACGAACAUGAAGAUGGAAAACAGCCACCACCGCUGAUGGCUAAGCUGAUCGCGGUCUUGCUCAUCUCCUGUAUUAGUUUUGGCUCGUCAUGGAGCUCUGGCGUUACAGGUGCUAUGAAAAGCACCAUCAAGAAGAAAAUGCACAUCUCGAAUACCCAAUUUUCUCUCCUCGAAGCAAGCGAAGACUUCAUGGUGACCCUGCUCAUGCUGGGCAGUGGCAUUGUCACUGACCGAGUGGGAGGCGCCGAAAUGAUUAUCUACGGAAAUGUCGUCUACACGAUCGGGUCUAUUCUAGUUGCCGCCGCGACUACUGUUCGGUCGUUUAAUUUCAUGGUCGGAGGAAGAGUUAUUCUGGCGCUGGGCGAUAUCGCAACGCAAGUUGCGCAAUACAAAAUGUUCUCGUCGUGGUUUCCCCCUAGCAAUGGCUUUGCCUCAACGCUUGGACUCGAACUCGCCAUGCGGAAGAUUGGCGGUUUUGUUGGUAAAUCGACAGCAAAUCCAAUUGCGAAAAACACUGGCAAUUUUGCCUGGGUGUAUUGGACGUCGGUGUUUAUGAAUCUAUUCACCAAUGCGGCAACCGUUGUUUUCUGGCUCUACAGCCGCUACUGCAAUCGACACUACCAGGGUCGGCAGGACAAGGCGACCCGAGAAGUUCUGACUGAGAAGAACAAAAAGUUUGAGCUCAAGAAGAUCUUUCAACUGCCAUGGAUGUUUUGGUGUAUUCUGGCCUUCUCAUUGUUUCAAACAAGUGCUGCCCUCGUCUUCAGUCAGAAUGCAACCGAACUCGCGGAGAAACGGUUCAACGUAGACUCGAUCAAGGCUGGCUGGUAUAGUGCCUUAUCGCAGUACUCUGGAUUCUUUCUAGUGCCUUGUUUGGGUGCAUUCAUCGACAUUGCUGGAAAUCGGGCAACUGUUAUGUGUGUUUGCGGAGCCGGUAUGCUGCUAUGCAUGACGUUAGUGAACUUUGCCUCGUCCGAAGCAGGUACUGGUGCAGCGUUUGGCAUAUAUGCCAUUGCAUCUGCCUUGGGCCCAACCACCAUUAUCGACGGCAUCCGUACUUCUCUUUGGCACCAAUCCGUGUUUGGAUCUGCAUACGCCAUUAAAGUGACCAUGAAUAAUGCAAUGAAUAUCAUCGUGCGAAUAAUUACGGGGGCGCUCCAAGACGCUGAUAAUGAUUCGUACCGCCGAGCGGUUCGGGUAUAUCUUUUUCUCGCAGCGUGCAGCGUAGUAGUUGGGCUGGCCAUUUUUAUUGGAGCCACGUUGACCGAUGAACUGGGCCUUUUGCAAUGGACUCGAAAAAAGAGGCUUACCUAUGGCCCUGAGAUUAUCGACCGUAUGAGGGAACGCAGCUUAGUAACACAUGCACGUCGCAGCUGGUGGAUCUCGCUAUGCUGCUUUGGUGCCCUGGUCCUGCUUAUAUUAGGAAGUUGGGCAGCAUAUAUUUGGGGAGCAGUUACGGGCAAUAAUUCUUAG